AUGUCUCGGACUUUGAGUCAGAUGCCGAAAUUGAUGAUGAGUUCGAACGGAUUGUCCAUCAACUCUAAACGGAGAAAGAUUUCCAUGACAUUUCUACCUCCUAGCACCAAAUCUCCCUUGUUUGUAUACAACAAUGACUACGAUCAGCGGUCAUUUCUCAGUCUUGGACGUAGAUCACCUGAAGAAAACACAGCCAUGGCUGAUGAGGAAGAGGGAAGCAAUGACACCGAAUCUGUGUCAACUUUUAGGUCACUACCGUCGACUUUAGAGGGAACCGAUGAUGAUGUCGAGUCAAUGAGUAGAUGGUUGGAUGAAGAACGAGAAAGAAGAUCACAGAAGAGUACUUAUGGAUCAGUAGAUGCCUCACAGAGACGUCGUUCGUCGUCUUCUGAGCUUUUAAGACAGGCGGAUGUUGUUUUCCAGCGAAGAAACAGCUAUAGCUCCAGCGUCAGCAGCAAAUUAGAUCGGGAAAAUGCGGGUUUACUCAGUGCUGAUGAAAUCGAUAACUCAGGAGUUGAAGAUGAAGAGGAUUUCGCUACGGAAAAGGCAACAAUAGCCAGUGAAUCACGGAGAUUAAGCAGAUAUUCUGCUCCAUUGGUGGUUAAUUUUAUCCUCGAGCAGAUGUUCUCACUUGUUUGUGUUGUCUUUGCAGGACAUCUUGGUAAGGAAGAACUAGCCGCUGUUUCUAUGGCAUCUAUGGUCUCUACCAUGACCUUCGCCAUAUACGAAGGACUAGCCACUGCUUUAGACACUCUCUGUCCUCAAGCUUAUGGUGCGGGCCAACCGCACCUUGUUGGAGUGCAUACACAACGAUGUGCUGCGCUAUCGUUAUUUCUCUUCAUUCCGGCAGCCAUUUUGUGGUGGUACAGUGGCUUUUUUUUCAAGUUUAUCCUAUCGGACGAGAAGGUGGUAUCCUUAGCUCAGCAGUUUCUUCGUGUACUCAUCCUUGGAGGACCCCCAUACAUUCUUUUUGAAGAUGGCAAGCGUUUUCUUCAGGCUCAAGGCAUUUUUGAUGCAGGAACGAUCAUUCUUUUCAUUACUGCACCUCUUGAUGUGCUUUUAAACUGGGCCCUUGUCUAUUCAGACACCUUCGGCAUAGGAUACAUAGGUUCUGCGGUGGCUGCAGUGAUUAAUUUCUGGCUUGCAUUCAUUUUACUCGUACUUUUUGUUAUCUUUAUAGACGGAAAUGAAUGUUGGGCAGGCUUCACGGUGGCUUCUUUACAUCAUUGGUACGAUCUAUCCUUGCUAGCGAUUCCAGGUGUAGUGAUGUUACUGGCAGAGUCAAUGGCGUACGAAAUAUUGACAUUAUUAGCCUCUUAUUUCGGAACCAACGCUCUUGCGGCGCAAUCAGCACUUUCCUCUGUGGUCUCUUUACUAUACAUGAUUCCGUUUGCUUUGUCUGUGGCUUCUUCCACUAGAAUAGCCAAUUUUGUGGGAUCUGGAAACAUCCCCAGCGCUAAGGUGGCCGUGCAUGUUGGCAUGAGUUCGUCUCUCUAUUCUGCUGCCCUCAACUCUGUGAUUAUUUACAUUUUUGCAAAACCAAUUGCACGACUUUUUACAAAAGAUCUUGAUGUCCAGAAACUGAUUGUCUCAUUAUGUCCACUUAUGUCACUGUUUGUCAUCUUCGAUGGUUGGGCAUGCAUUGCAAGUGGUCUUCUGAGAGCUUUAGGACUACAAGGUAUUGGUGGAACCAUAAAUAUGGUCGGUUACUAUCUAAUCGCAGUGCCUCUUGCUUUAUUUCUCGGCUUCAAUUGCAAUAUGGAGUUGGUAGGCCUUUGGCUGGGUAACGGUUUUGGCCUGAUGUUAAUUGCCGCGGCAGAAACGUGGGUGAUUUACACAGCGGACUGGAAUAAGGCCGUGGAGCAAGCCAGAGAAAGAAACAGGGCUUGCAUCUAA